GCGACGUCAAAGAACAAUAAGUCGAACAGACGAUAAAGUACGAGUUAUUCCGAACGUUCUCACUUCUGACCGUUGCUAAGGACGACGUCGUGGUGGAGGUUCAGACAGUCGUGUAGUUUAAGAUAGCGCCGUUGGUCUUUAAAUCGGCGAGUGUAUAUCAACUUACCUGUGAUAUUGAUUGUAAAAAAAAAUCGCUAUUAUACUUAAUCAAAGUCUGACGACUGGAUAACAUUGUGAUACUGGAGAUUUAUAAUAUUUUUUCAUCAAAAACGUACAGCGAAAACAAACUGAAUCCGCAAACAUGACGACUGUUGGAGUUGACCCAGUGAAGAUCGAGCGAGUGAACCCGAUGAAUAUUCCCAGCUACUCGUACCAGUAUCCGUCCUUCCAGCGCGUGCAGCUGGCGGCCGUGAAGGAAGGACUGUUCCACCCGCGGAUCCCCUCCUUCCGCCGGAUGGAUAUGGACACGGCCGGUCACAAGCUGCCGGACGAGCAUUGUCGCACUACCACCAUGUGUGGACCAGAGGACUUCAACAGAGCCACAUCGACCCUCUUUGAGCCCCCAAAACGACGGAUGUCCGCACUAGCAAUCACAAACACAGGAAAACAAAUACACAGACAAUACACUACGCCGGACGAACUCAAGCGCUCACGGACGGAGUGGUCCAACUUCCUCAAUAGAUCACCGGAACGAUUCAACAUCAAACUGCCGGACAUGCCGACGGAAAAGGACCAGCGUUUCGUCGGAUACGCUGUCAGAUACCUCAGACCGGAAGUAACCAAGUCAUGGAGCUACACUCUGCAACAAGAGCCAACCCUGGACCAGUACGGACAGAGACCUAUGCCCGCUAAUGUAUUCGCUCGUUACCGCGACACCUACCCCCAGUACAGCCGGAACAUCGCCACAGAGGCCUGGCGAUAACAUCCUACCACAUGAACACACACUCCAAACUUGGGAAUAUAACUUACAAUUAUGUACUCGACCUGAAAAUUGCAGAGAUUUAAGACAAAAAUAAUAAAUAGGUUUGGUAUUUAUUUAUAAAAGAUAAAAGUUAAAAAAUUAACAGUCAAAGAACAUUGAAUAAAAUGUUUUAUAUAAAGAAACUUGUGUAUAUUUUGUGGAAAGAGGUGAAGAAUAUAAAACAAUAGUUCAUUAGCACUAUACAUACACAGACACCUAUACACCCGAUAGUAAUACAUACAACAAGGGUAUCGUAUAAGCGUAAGAUUCAUACACUGUUAAAUUACACAUUUGAAAGUAUGUCAGGGUAGACGCAACUAUAUAUAUGGUCAUACAAUAUAUUAAUUUUUAGUUUAUUUUGCAUUUUAUGAUAAUGUAACCAUGUUUCUUAGCUUCUAUUACAUGGGCCAAGGAUCGUUGUGCGGUUUUUUAGUGCCCAGUAUUAUUAAGAAUUUAAGUAUUAGAAUUGUCAACAAAGAGCGUCCAUUUAUUUGUUUAGUGUACAUAUCAACCAUGCGUAUAUAUACUUGUCCUGUUUUACCCUUUGUGAUCAUGUUAUAUAUAUAGAUGCACAUUCAUCAGUAUUAAUAUAUUCAGUAUUUUAUACCGCGCUGUCCUAGACAAUCGGUAUUGUCAGUUUUUUUCUUCUUGUUGAAAACUAUUCGUCUCUUAUAUUUUUUUUUGUUUUAAAGUUUUCCUAAAUAAAAUGUUGAAUUUCCAA